AAAAAAAAAAAAAAAAAAAAAAACGCCUCUUUUAAGGGGCCCUCGCCAAGCGUCAGUACUUAGUUGCGGUGGAGACAGGCUUGCUGUCUCUUCCGGGGCGUUGACGAUUGCCCUGGAAACGGACGGUGGUGAGGAUUAGCUUUCAGAACGUAGCCUGUGAUUGGUGGGUGGAGAAGAAAGAACUGCGUAACCACCUUCUCCACUCCACUCCACCUUCUCCACUCCACUAUGGAAGAUAGAAGACGCCUUUGACAUCUGUGUAUCCUCAGCGAAGGCCUCCCAGGACUCUAUGGUUCCGUCUGCCUUUACCGUCAGCGGACCGUCCCUCCGAACAGCCGGAAUUCCGCGGGGAUCUGGGAAAUGUAGUUAAGAAGUCUACGCAGGCGCAGAGGCAAGCCCGGUACAGGGGCUGCGCACUCAGCCGCGCCGCCCUUCCAGGAACAGGGCGUGAGGUGCCGACUUUAAGUCCAAGACCCAAUUGCCAGACCCCUUUAAGGAUGCUGGAGGCUUGGCAUCUGGUCCUUCACCUGGGGGGAAGCUUAUGGUCUGAUGGACAGACACCAGGGAGGCCCACAAUGAUCCUAACGCCAAGAGAAUCCAAUAAGACCGGGGAGCCCCUGCGGAGGUUACAGAAUAAAAUGCGAGAACGGCGUGGUGCCUGGCGUACAGAAAGCGCUCAAAUAAAUGGUAAACACCCUGACACCCUAAAGAACUCCCAUUCAUUCAUCCCUCAAGAUCCUGCCCAGCUCUGCCAAGGACUUCAGGCAACUCAGUUCCUCCUUCAGCCUCAACCAAAAUAUAAAAUAGCAUCGCUCCUCUCAAGGCUGCGGGUGAGGACCAGAAAUUACUUUAGCAAGAGCCUGGCCCAUUACAAGCUCUGAACAAGACUCCACCUAGAUACCCACCCCCCAAGGCGACGCGCCCAGUGCCGAUCACGCCCCAAGAUCAUUCCGUUACCCCUUAGGAAGGACCGAGCCCACAAGCCUCCAGAGUCCUCAGCGAUCCCAGCCCCGGCGUCUCCUCACCUCGAGACUGGUCCGCAGAGUUGGCACACGCGCCUUCUUGCAGCCACUUCCGUUGCGGAGAGAAUAUCAGAACUACUCCAGCCGGGAGCCUCCGCGAGCCAACGCCAAGACUCCGUUUCCCAGAGGGCUGUGCGAACUUCUCUUAUCUUCUCAUCUGCCCUAGCGUCUUCGUCGUUGGAGGGCCCGCUGAGCACGCUGGGAAAUAAAUAGAAAGAAUUGGCACCAAGUGUCAUCUGGGCAUUGUAGUCCAGCUUUCGAAGACAUUCUAAUCAUGUUAUCCUGCCUUUUGGAGAAGACCGGGAGGUUUUUCCAUUUCUGAAGGCGACAACUAGAGGGUUGCCGUGGAAACACGUUGAGGAAGAACCUGAAUUCCUGAGGGAACACGCGAGAAGGACACUGUUUAGAUGGAGUUUUCAGCCCAGUGAAUCUGAGGGCCAUCUGUGACCCAUAAAGCAUGAUCUUCUGUCCAGACUGUGGCAAAGGCAUUGAGGCGGCAUUCAAAUUCUGCCCCUACUGUGGCAAACCUUUGCCUACGCUGGAGCAUGAGGACCCCCAGACCUUUGUCAGACCGUUCCUGUCAUCCUUCCGAGGCUCAAGGAGAAAGAGGAGCAGCAGUUCUGAAAUCUCUUCCAAGAAAGUGAAAUGGUCCAGCUGUGGUCCCUCUCCCACAUCCUCCCUCCCCUUGGAUGGUGACAGUUCUGGAUCUGAAGAUACCUUGAGUACCUGUGGGAAACCCCGAGGUUCCUGGAGCAAACCCCCAACCCCCCAUGGCAGCCCUCAGACGACCAGGGAGGGCCCCCAGGCGACCAGGCAGAGCCCUCAGGCGACCAGGCAGAGCCCUCAUUCCCUGAAGCGGAGCCAGGUGACCACCUCGCUCAAGGCGUUGCCCGUGGGGACGGUGCUGACAGACAAGAAUGGGCAGAACUGGCAGCUGCGGUGCCUGCAGACCAGGAGCAGCCAGGGCAUCCUCUAUGAAGCCGAGCCCGACUCCACCGUUGCCUGCGUGUCAAGUCCCCAGAAACAAAGAUUUUCGCUUAAACUAGAUGCCAAGGAUGGGCGCUUGUUCAACGAGCAGCACUUCUUCCAGCGGGCUGCCAAGCCUUUGCAAGUGAACAAGUGGAAGAAGCUACGCUCGACCCCCCAGCUGGCCAUCCCCUCCUGCGUCGGUUUUGGUGUUCACCAGAACAGGUACAGGUUCCUGGUGUUCCCCAUCCUGGGGAGGAGCCUGCAGUCGAUUCUGGAUGACUGCCCGAAGCCCGUCAUGCCCGUGAGGGCUGUGUUCCAGAUGGCCUGCCGCCUGCUGGAUGCCCUGGAGUUCCUCCACGAAAAUGAGUAUACACAUGGAAAUGUGACAGCUGAGAAUAUCUUUGUGAACCCAGAGGACCUGCGCCAGGUGACCUUGGCAGGCUACGGCUUCACCUUCCGCUAUUCUCCAGGCGGCAAGCACGUGGCCUACACCGAAGGCAGCAGGAGCCCACAUGAGGGGGACCUUGAGUUCAUUAGCAUGGACCUGCACAAGGGAUGCGGCCCCUCCCGCCGCAGUGACCUCCAGACCCUGGGCUACUGUUUGCUGAAGUGGCUUUAUGGGACCCUGCCAUGGACACACUGUCUUCCCAACACCGAGGAUAUCAUGAAGCUGAAGCAGAAGUUUCUUGACAACCCGGAGAGCCUCGUGGGACAGUGCUCUCGCUGGAUCAGCCCCUCAGAGACCCUGCAGGGGUACCUGAAGGCGGUGAUGACCCUCAAGUAUGAGGAGAAGCCGCCCUACACAGCACUGAGGAACAGUCUGGAAGCCCUGCUGCAGGAUCUGCGGGUGGCAGCCUACGACCCCCUGGACCUCCAGCUGGCCCCCCAGAAGCUGCAGUCUGCACUUUGAAAUAGAGGGAAGGACAAAAAAAAGGAAACGUUUCUCAAGGCCUGCUAUUGUAGAAUCACAGAUGAGCUUCUAGAAAGAUCCCUGGAAUGUGCAUUCCUGCCUCUGCUUUAGGUGAUAUGACUCAUCCAUCUCAAUUAUCCUCAGGGAACCUGGUAGUUGGGCUCCACAUAAUGUGAACUCUCAACGCUCCCUUCCUACAGCCGUCGGCCCCUGCCAGCCACGGCGUUUGGAUGGAGAAGACCCCCGUUCACAGCCAGGGGGUGGGCUGGCCUCCUGCACGGGGAUGCUGCCACUGACACCACUACACUCUGACCAUAAAUUGUUUUGUUGAAGCUUGGAGAGUCGGGUGUCUGCAAAUGAAGUUCCUUUUGGGAAAA